GUCAAAACCCUAAAAAUCCUCCGGGUUCCCCCUGAGACAAUUGGCCUUCCGUUCGCUGCUUCUCUUCGACUCCACCUGAGCCGAACUCUAGCAGACGGCGCCAUGGUUGGAAAACUCAGAGAGAACUCCGCCGUCAGCGAACCAGUGGCCCAAGUAGGUUGCGAAAAACUCCAUAAGAGAUCCGAGAAGAAGAUGAAGAAGAAGAGAGACAGAGACUCGGGUCGUCAAGAGGAAAACGAAGUUAGUCCCCAGAGUAAGGUAGUGGAAGGCACUGAUUCGGAGAUUCCCAAGAAGAAGAAGAAGCACAAGAAGUCGAAGGAUGACAAUCCUGACGUCAAAACCUCCGACGAGAAAGAAGAGCCGAAGGGCGAUGAAAAUUCUACCGAUGGAUCUGUGGUGGUCAAUGGUAAAGGCGUGAAGGACGGAAAGUUCGCGCCGCUGAAGUCAUUUGUCGAAGCGGGACUUCCAGAUGAAGUAUUGGAGUGCUGCCGAACUUUCAAAAGUCCAUCGCCUAUUCAAUCCCACGCUUGGCCAUUUUUGUUGCAUGCUCGGGAUUUUAUUGGAAUUGCCGCAACUGGAUCAGGCAAGACUCUGGCGUUUGGUGUGCCUGCUAUUAUGCACGUCUUGAAAAAGAGAAAGGGCAAGAUGUCGAAGGGGCGGAAUCCUCUCUGUUUAGUCUUAUCACCUACGAGGGAAUUAGCUCAACAAAUUUCAAGUGUACUGCAAAAUGCCGGAGAACCUUGUGGCGUGACGUCAACUUGUUUGUAUGGAGGAGUCUCCAAAGGCAGUCAGAUAUCUUGUCUUAAAUCUGGUGUUGACAUUGUGAUUGGAACUCCUGGCCGUUUAAAGGAUUUGAUGGAAAUGGAGGUCUGCAGACUUUCAGAGGUGUCUUUUGUGGUCCUUGAUGAGGCAGAUCGAAUGUUAGACAUGGGAUUUGAACCUGAAGUGCGCUCUAUAUUAAGCCAGACAUGUUCAGAACGCCAGAUGGUUAUGUUCAGUGCUACAUGGCCUCUACAAGUUAAUCAAUUGGCUCAAGAGUUCAUGGAUCCUGACCCAGUUAAGGUUGUUGUAGGUUCUGAGGAUUUGGCUGCUAACCAUGAUGUCAUGCAAAUAGUCGAGGUCUUGGAUGAUCGUGCACGUGAUGGACGUUUAGUGGCUCUGCUUGACAAAUACCAUAAAUCUCAAAGAAACAGAGUAUUAGUUUUUGUCUUGUACAAGAAUGAAGCUGCACGAGUUGAAAAUAUGCUGCAGAGAAGGGGUUGGAAGGCUGUUUCCAUACACGGUGACAAAGCACAAACUGAACGUACAAAAGCAUUGUCAUUAUUUAAAAGCGGAAGCAAUCCGUUAAUGAUAGCUACUGAUGUGGCCGCUCGAGGUUUGGACAUUCCAGAUGUAGAAGUAGUAAUUAACUAUAGCUUUCCUCUCACUACUGAAGAUUAUGUCCAUAGAAUUGGAAGGACUGGACGGGCUGGUAAAAAGGGUGUUGCUCACACAUUCUUCAUGCAACAAAACAAGGGACUUGCUGGAGAGCUGGUAAAUGUUCUCCGUGAAGCUAAGCAAGUUGUACCUGAUGCACUUUUGAAAUUUGGCACUCAUGUCAAGAAAAAGGAAUCCAAGCUGUACGGAGCUCACUUUAAAGAAAUUUCAGCAGAUGCCCCCAAGUCCAAGAAAAUUACAUUCAAUGAUUCUGACGAUGAAGAUUGAUUAUUAACAAAAUCCUCAAUUUUUAUGCAGGGCCAAGUUUUCUUUUUAAUAUUUUGAAUUUAUAAUAGGCGAACUUUGAUUUUCCUGUUUAAUUAUAAAUUUUGAUCUUGGUGGGUGUCAUCAAUUUAUUGAUGAAUGAUUAAUGCAAUUUAGUAAUUUGUGUUAAUCAA